CGCCGAUGUAUAAAAACGCCAUCAGAACACACAAGGUCACUGAUACUCGGUGAGACAGGUUGUGGAGAAAAGAUGAAUGCUGUCCAGGUGAUUUCCAUCGCUCUGCUGUCCGUCCUGGCAGCCAAUGCUCAGGUCAUCAUGCCCGGAAGAUGCCCCAAGCCUGCUGUUCAGGAGAACUUUGAUGCUGCCAGGUAUCUUGGCACAUGGUACGACAUCCAGAGACUGCCACACACUUUCCAGAAGGGCGAGUGCUGCACUGCCACCUAUAGCCUGAAAAGCCCUGGAGUCGUGGGCGUCCUCAACAGGGAGCUGCUUGCUGACGGGACCGUUAGCUCCAUCAGUGGCUCUGCCACAGCGAAGGACCCGUCUGAGCCUGCCAAGCUGGCCGUCAGCUUCUUUGAGAACGCCCCCCCUGCUCCUUACUGGGUUCUGUCCACUGACUACGACAGCUACGCUCUGGUCUACAGCUGCACCGACUUUGGUAUUUUCCACGCUGAUUUCGCCUGGAUCAUGAGCAGAAACCCCGCGCUGGCCGACGACACCAUGGAGGAGCUGCACAGCACCCUGUCCUCCAUUGGAGUCAGUGUGGACAAGCUGAUCACCACCAACCAGGAUGCCGCUUACUGCAGUGCCAUGGACCAGUGAACGGAAACAGAGUGAUGAUAAUGAUUUUUACCUGCACGCAAUAAACUCACUGAAACACAA